GGAGCAUGGCUGUGAACAACUACGAGCAGAUCGGAUGUCAAGACGCUGCAGGUGUCGGAUUCAGAUUUAUGCCUUACUUCAGCUUUUUAUAGUGAUUUGAUACACUAGGAGUUAUUUGUCACAUCUCUGAAGCACCAAAAUAAAUCGGUAGGUGUCCUGAAGGCGGGCUGAGUGCAGGGUUCAGAGGAGUCUCAACCCCUCUGUCAUGUCAACGUGCACAUUGCUGCUGGUGUCUCAGGCAGGCUGUGGGCUCAACGAAUCCCUUCAGCCUUGCAAGCCUCCUCUGCAAAUGCAGAUCUCUGACUCUACUCGCAGGCUCUCUGGAGAAAGCAACCCUAUAGGAGAAUGUUUGGAGUGUUUCCCUUCUGACCUUUGCCAGUGUUUUGGAGAACGGAUGUCUUUUGUCGAAAGCAACUUUACUAAAUACUUGGUGUCCUCCACUUUUUUUUAAAAGCGAGCCCUCAGAAGUAAACAUGCCCACUGAACUUUGCUUUGACCAUUCUGAGGUCUCCGGACAAGGAGAUCCUAAAAAGGAAAACCAGUCUUUGGAACGUGCUGCAGCAGAAUUGUGCACAGAACUUGAAUCCACUGCACACCAAAACGCCAUUGAGGUGAACGAAGCUGAUGGAAUUUGCAUUGAAAAUGGUCAAAUCAAUGGUGAAUUUUCAGAUCAGUCUUGUUCAUCUGGAUACAGCUCUUUGGUGGACAGCUGCUCUGAGCACAGUGAGUGUUUUGAAAUAAGCAGUUCUUCAGUUGACUUGGUUGAAAUAAGCCAGAAUGAUGAACUUAGCAUUGCAUUUGAGGCAAGUGAUCAAAGUGAGACUUCUGAACAUGAUGAGAUUAGCCUAGAUGAUUGUGAGUCUUUCCAACAAGAUGAUGCAGAACAGAUAAUUUUAUCUGAGAUGAGACUAGGUAAUUGUGACUCUUUUGAACAACAUGAUGCAGUACAGUUAAACUCCUCAGAAAUGAGCUCAGACCUUUGUGAGUUUAUUCCACAAGAUGAUGCAGAAUCGGUAACUUCAUUUGAGUGUAGCCCAGACUGUUUUCAACAAGCUAAUGCCGAAGAAAUAAUUUCAUCCGAGUUGAGCCUAGAUGAUUGUGAAUCUUUACCACAAGAUGAUGCAGAAUCGGUAGCUUCAUCUGAGUGUAGCCCAGACUGUUUUCAACAAGAUAAUGCAGAAGAAAUAAUUUCAUUUGAGUUGAGCCUAGAUGAUUGUGAAUCUUUACCACAAGAUGAUGCAGAAGAAGCAACUGAGGGAGAUCUUUGUGAUUCUUUUUCUGUCGGGUCCUCACAAUUAGGUCCUUCAGAUCAUGAAACGCUUUCUGAAUGCGAUGCAGAUUAUCAGGACCAGCAUAGCGAGUGUGAAAACAGCAGUGCUGAAGACAACUUAUCUGAUCAAAACAGUGUAGUUGAACUAGAUUCUGAAGACUGCGAGACAUCUGAACAGUCAGAGUAUAAAAAUCAAAACAAGCUUGAUAACUACCAUGCCACACAUUUUGAAUCCCCUGAACUGUGUCAGGACUCUAAAGAAAGUAAGCCAUCUGACCACUGUGUGUCCCUUGAGCACACACAGCUUACUGGGCAAAUGGACACCACUGAUGACAGCCUAGAUGAUUGCACUUGUUCGUUGGAGAACUUUGAUUGUAGUCGGACAUUUGACUCCCCAACUGAAGGGUAUAAAGACUGUAACCAGCUCUCUGAGCACAGUGAAUCCUCUGUAUGUUUUAAGGUUUUAGAACAAUGCACAAGCUGUGGAACGUACUUUGAGAAAUGUGAUGUCCGUGAACAAUGCACUCCCUCUGUGCCCACUGACCUUUCUGAGGGCCCACAUCAAAGCAGGCUUGCAGAAAAAUGCCCAGAGUCUUCAAGAACACACAGCUCUGUCUUUCACAACCCUGACAUAACCAAAGAAAAUUUGCCUAAUCAUAGCAGUAAAACUGAGGUUAGGAAACCAUCUCAGUCUGAUGCCAUGUUUUCUGGAUCAAUGGAAACUUUUGAGGCUCGGUGGCUUUCUCAAUUUCUUACUGAUCUUUUGAGGCAUAAUAAAGAGAUUUCAAGUCCUGCUACUGAAAUCAGUGAUCCAAAUGGAGAAGCAGAAAUCCCUGAAGUAGAAGUUUUGGAUGACUGUAGGAAGCUCUGUAGAAAGUGUGAUGACUUGGACAAGGGAAAAAGUUGUGAUGAUGAAACUCAAUCUUUUCAACUUUAUGAGGAGGAGGAGGUAAAAUUUGAACAUCACUCGAAUGUUGACAUCUCCCUGGAUGCAGUGACCACAGCGGCAGGUUCUUCAGAUGAAUCGAGCGAGGAGGACUAUGGUGACUGCAUGGAUGGUAAAAGUCAAGGUAGCUCUGAAACCGAAUCAUACAAAAGUUUUGUUGAGUCUGAAUCAUUUGAAAUCUUCUCAGACCAACCAUGUGAUAAGGAAAACCUUCUCGAAGAGGAUGACGGGUCCUUGAUUCAAAUUCUACAGCCAGAUGAGUACCAUGAUGAAGGUAACACUGAGAAUUUUGGUUUAAAUGUUUGUGAAGAAGAAUGUGAGUUUGAUUCUGAGCAACAAGUGACAGAAAAGAAAAGCAGUAAAACAUAUGCUGAAGCUGUGGCUGUUGGACUCCCAGUUGGAUGUGCCAAACCAGAUGAGGUCCAUGAAACUGAAGAUUAUGGGCCUGGUUUUAUGGAUGAAAGCUUCUCCUCGUAUUCUGAGAGCAAGGAUGAUGAACUUUACUACAGAAAUGGAGAGGUCGCUGAACCCCUUGUUGAUAGGCAAGUGUCCUGUGUUGCAGCUGUUGAAGGUUGUGGACUUGAAAAAGUCGUUGAAAAUGCUUUCGACAGUUUAUCUGGAGAUUCAACAGAGUUAUGUGCUGUGAAGGACACAUUUCAAGAAGCUGAUUCUUUGGAAUCACCUGUUGAAGGAAGUGAGGUCAGUCAGGAUUUAACUGAAAAUGACAGUUCUGAGAACACAGAAAACGAACAAGAUCUCAGUUCUGUGGUUGAAAUCGAUGCAGACGAGGAGACACACUCUGACUUUGAUGAAACUGAGGGGGCUCAUGGACCUUGUUGUGGAGAGAUUGAAACUUCUGAAGAUGAAGAAGCAACCCUGUUUGACUUUGAGGAUGUUGUGGGGUGUUCUGAGGAACGUGACGAAGGUAAAGAAACCCCAACUGCUGAUCAGCUGGUCCCUUGUGCCUUUGAGGAGCAGUCAAACACAGAGGCUGGCACUAUUUGGGUAUCAGAUGAUCAGCAAGAGGCCAAUACCGAGCCAGAAGACACCUCUGGGCUCAUUCAUCCUCCUGGAAUAGAUGGCCUGUCUGAGAAUACCCAGAAAAAGGACAAAUUUGAGGAACUUAUACAUCAAGUUGCAAGAAGUGAAGCAUCUGAACAAGACACGUUAUUUAAGUCUGACCAAAAAAACAGUGAACAGAAUCAUGCUUAUGACGAGAGUGAUGUAUCUGAAGAUGAAGAGUACCCAGAGGACUGUGAUUGUGAAUUCUGUCUUCCACCCAUAGAUCAGGUCCCAGCCAAACCACUUCUUCCACAGAUAAAGUCUAAAGAUGCAGGGAAGAUCUGUGUAGUCAUUGAUCUGGAUGAAACACUAGUCCACAGCUCAUUUAAGCCGGUAAAUAAUGCUGACUUUAUCAUUCCAGUGGAAAUUGAUGGGACAGUACAUCAGGUGUAUGUGUUGAAGAGACCUCAUGUCGACGAGUUCCUCAAACGGAUGGGGGAACUGUUCGAGUGUGUGUUAUUCACUGCAAGCUUAGCCAAGUAUGCUGAUCCCGUCUCGGAUCUGCUGGACAAGUGGGGAGCUUUCCGAAGCCGUCUUUUCCGGGAAUCUUGUGUGUUCCACCGUGGAAAUUAUGUCAAGGACCUAAGCCGUCUAGGCAGGGAUCUCAACAAAGUCAUCAUUGUGGACAACUCGCCAGCCUCCUACAUCUUCCACCCAGACAAUGCUGUACCUGUAGCCUCCUGGUUUGAUGACAUGUCUGACACAGAGCUGCUGGAUCUCAUCCCUUUCUUCGAGAGACUGAGUAAAGUGGAUAAUGUGUACACUGUGCUGAAGCAGCAGAGGACUACUAGCUAGCACGACACUAAGGGCAGCUGUCAGUAUGGGGCCAGGGAGGCUGCUGGGCUCGGAGCACCACACUGCUUCCCCCUAACAGGACCAGCCACUAUCUCAGUCCUCAUCACCUACCCAGAAUUCCAUUCACAUGAUGUUUGAAAAAGAAGUCGAAUGACAGAACUGUGAAGGACUGCUUUAGCUAUCACAUGCAUAAAAGAAAGAAGCUGAUUGUUUUAACACUCAGUUGCGUGAAUCCCAGGAAAGCGAGCAAGAGCAUAUUUCACCCUGAAGUCAAGUAAUAGAAAUUAUAUUUUGUGCAAAGAAAAUAAGAGAUGCUUUUUUUUGCCUUUGUGACAUUAUUUUGACAACUAAGCACACUCCCUCGAAAUGUUGCCAUAAUGCAAACUUAUAUUUACUGUAAUGUGUAAAAAAAAUAUAUAUUUAAAUUGUAUUGUAUUUAUACAUUAUGGUUGUAUUUGUUGGACUGCCUUUAAUUUAUGCUUGUUUAUGCAAAAAGUACUGUAUUACAGUAAUCUAAUAAAAAUCAACAUUGUAAAUAAUAAUGAAAAACCACAAAAGGUAAACAAAACUAAAGCAUGUGUUAUGGUAAUAAUGAGGGAAAAUGUGUUAAAUUGUCAUAACACUAAUUUUGCAAUGCAAAAAAAAAAAAAAAGUCUAAGUACGCUUUGUUUUCUUUAUGCAAAUAUUUAGUUUUUAUUUUACUCUUGAUUUUAGGGGGAAAUGUGGCCUAUGCAAGUGUUUGUGUGAUUCACCCCAAAACGUGUUACUUAGCAAGUAAAAUUUUUUAUGGUUAAGGGAAGCCCUGUUAAAAUUAAAAUAGUUGAUUGUAAAAUAGAAGAUAGAAGAUCAGCUUAUUUUUUUUUCCUUUUUUUUUUUUUUUUUUUUUAUAUAGAGAAAAUGACUUCCUCUUCUUGAGUUUAUAUCUUGAGUUAAACUACCCUCAUUCCCUGUGUUUAAUGAGUUUACUUAAAGAUCUCAAGUAAGGGCGAAAACAUAAAUGGCAAUCACAUGGAAUAAUAUGCUGUCUAUUUUUUUUUUUUUUUUUUUUUAUCUAGCCAGCUUUAUUGGACUCUAAAACAAGCGUUUAUUAUCCCUUUAUUUUUCCAAAAAUCAUGUUUUUUUAUUUUUCUUUUCCUCCUGCAAUUUCUUAAUCCGAUAAGAAAGACUCAUGAUGCAAUCAGCCAGCACUUGAAAUUCAAGUUUCACAAAGCAACAAAUGUAAGAAAGGGAAAUUGGUCCGGCACUUGUUGUGUCCCACGGCCAGUUUUCACUCCGAAGGUAAAGCUAAUGCACCUUCUGAAUCAUAUGCGGUAUGCUUUAUUUUGUCUAAUGCGAGGUCAUUCACCGUGGCCUUAAAAUUACAGUAGCAAAAAUUUGUCUGAGGAUAUCUAAGUGGUCUUAUUUACAAAAUCAGUUUGUCUGAUUCUGCAUAGUUUUAAAUUCAUAACAGUAUGCCAUUUGUGUGUUUAUAUUAAUCAAAACGAGUAAAGAAUACUGGAAUCAAGUCUGUAUUUGUCAGUGGAAACAGAUGUUUGACUUGUAAUGCCUUAACUCUCCAUUAGAUCACUAAGCUGUCAGAUGGUUCAUUGAGAAAGUGAUUUUGGCAUCGGCGUAAGCAUGCCAUACUGUGGACUGGGGAGCCCUGUUAAUGUGCAGUUGAUGUGCCGCCUUCUUGGGGAUUGUAUACUUGCUCAGCACUGAGUUGAUUGUUUUGCAAGUGCCAAUAUUGAUGUUUCGAGACGUAACGGUGAUGUCCAUGUGUGCGGGAGAGAGUGGAAAGAUGAGGAUAUGGUUUUUAAUACUGGUCUUUUGUCCAUUUUUCAGUGUUUGACUUUUUAAAUAGAUUUGGUGAUGGCAAAACAUUUGCCAUCUCUAUAUUUGUGAUAUUAAUGAAAAUAGUGCUGUGCCAUGGAGGAAAAAAAAAAAGAUUUUGUUAUUCAUAAAAGUUUAAAGAGC